GCCACCAUUAGAGAGGGAGAGGGAGAGAGAGAGAGAGAGAGAGGUGUUUUUUGUGUUACUGAUUAGUCGACUUUGACUUGUUUAUUUAAGAAAAUUUUUCAAUACCAAAUCACCCUCAGACACGCAAUAUCCGGAGCCAUUACCUCAGAUGGACUCUUCUCCACCUCACCUCCACUUCCAUGUUCGUGGAGGUGCAAUCAUUGUUAGCUCGAAUUGAUCGGAACUCCGACCUCCAGGGUGCAGAAUCUCAACUGGGCAUGGUCGUUUCCGCUUGAACGGAGCUCAAAAUUUCAUCUUGAUCAAUGUUCUGUGCGAUGCAAUGAGACUGGGAUGCAACAGGGAAGCAGUUGAGAAGAAGCAGCUUCAUUGGGUUUCUCCGCUGGGUUCGGGAUUGCUCUUCUCCCUUACUUUUGCUUUGAUUAGAUUUUGGCUGUUAAGAAGAACUUUUGAUUCAGCAGUAGAGUGCAGGGAGAGCACACAACUGUAACGGAGCGUCGUAGUACCAGACUCAUAGAAUUUUAUAUUCACUUCACAUUUACUAGGAAGAAGACAUGGCACCAGGAAGCAGCACUUGCAAGGAUGUUGUUGAUUCUCGAAUUGCAUUUGUUGACUAUGAUACUACAACUUCAAAUGCGGAGUGGAGAAGUUCAUCAUCUGGAAAAUCUGCAACAAGCUUGCGAGGAAAUCCCAGAACACCAUUUAAGGAUGAUGUCCAUGAGCUGCUCGAGUGUUCGGUUUGCACAAACAUGAUGUACCCUCCAAUUUACCAGUGCCCGAAUGGCCACACUCUAUGUUCCAACUGUAGGGUUCGAGUGCCCAAACUCUGCCCAACUUGCCGCUAUGAGCUUGGAAACAUAAGGUGCUUGGCACUGGAGAAAGUUGCAGAGUCCCUUGAACUGCCAUGCAGAUUCCAAAACCUGGGCUGCCAUGAUAUAUUUCCAUAUUAUGGGAAGCUCAAGCAUGAGAAGAGCUGUAAAUAUCGACCCUAUAGCUGUCCCUAUGCUGGAGCCGACUGUUCUGUUACUGGUGAUAUUCAGUUUCUUGUUAUGCAUCUGAAAGAUGACCACAAGGUCGACAUGCAUGAUGGGUCUACUUUCAACCACAGAUAUGUGAAGUCGAACCCCCAUGAAGUCGAGAAUGCUACAUGGAUGUUGACUAUUUUCAACUGUUUCGGGAGACAGUUCUGCUUGCACUUUGAGGCAUUCCAACUAGGGACAGCUCCCGUUUACAUGGCAUUCCUCCGGUUCAUGGGGGAUGAAGAGGAGUCGAGGCAAUUCUGCUACAGCCUCGAAGUGGGAGGGAAUGGGAGGAGGCUGAUAUGGCAGGGGAUUCCAAGAAGUAUACGUGACAGCCACAGGAAAGUCCGAGAGAGCCAGGAUGGACUCAUAAUCCAAAGGAACCUUGCACUCUUCUUCUCAGGAGGUGAUAGGCAGGAGCUGAAGCUCAAAGUCGCAGGCAGAAUAUGGAAGAACACCGAGGUGGAUGCAGGAUAUUAAAAACUCAGAGAUGAUUAGUUUGUGGAGGAGAUAUGGCGAGGGUUCUGCAAAGUUUUUCCCUUUACCUAUAUGUUCUCCGUUGCUCCGGCUGUACAAGCUAACAAGGUCACAAUAGUGAUGUCUUGUAUCGAUACGAGUCUACUGUAUCACGUGUAUGUAAGCUUCAUUAUCAGGAUAUACGUAAUGUAUAUAUGUAAUUUGUUGCUUUUCGACCGUUGAUCUUCGGAUUCAAUAUUUGCUGCAGUUCAUUGUUUGUGUUU